GAAGCAACAACAACAACGGAUGCACCACAGCUCCGAUUCCUCCCAUCGCUCAUUCCCAAGGUCACAUCACCAUAAAGAACCAACCAUGUCAGCCUCAUCCUACCCAAUGACCCAUAUAGGUGCCAAACCUUUUAAUCAUUCUCAGAGCGGAGAUGCAGAGGCGGAAUACGAUCGAUUGCGAGAUCUUGCGCGACAGGAAGCUGGAAAGCGAUCGUCGUGUUUUGACAAGGCACAUCAAGCAUACGAGCGUGGAGAUGGUGCUGCGGCGCAUCAGUUGUCGGAAGAGGGGAAGCAGCACGCGGCGAAGAUGGAUCAGUACAAUAAGCAGGCGUCUGAUUAUAUCUUCCGGGAGAACAAUUCGCAAGGACGAGUCCCGGACGAUACGAUUGAUUUGCAUGGGCAGUUCGUAGAGGAGGCGGAGCAAAUUCUGGAGCAGAGGAUCAGAUACGCGCAGCAGAAUGGGCAGACGCAUCUGCAUGUCAUUGUGGGCAAAGGCAAUCACUCCGUGAACCAUAUCCAAAAGAUCAAGCCCCGAGUCGAGCAAGUAUGUCAAGAACUGGGGCUCCAAUACUCGACCGAGGACAAUGCGGGACGCGUGUAUAUCAAUCUCCAAGGUGGACCAGCAACCAUGCCUCCUGCGCAUAGUUACCAGCAAGGAGGGCAACAGGGAUAUCAGGGACCCCAAAGUGGCCAACAUCAGCAACAAGGUGGAUAUCCUGGCCAGCAGCAAGGAGGCAAUUACCAAGGUGGUAAUCAACAAAAUAAUGGCCAGAAUGAUGAACUGGAGAAGUUGGCUAUGAAGAUGUUGCCCAGGAUAUUGAAGAAAUUGGAUGGGUGUUGCACGGUCAUGUAAUUGGAUAUGUUGGACUUAUGGGUAAUGUGUUAUGAUGGAUGGUUGGAAAUAGAUGUUGUCAGGUUUUUAGACCUUGGAUGAACUGUAUAUUUUUGUACAGUACAGUCAUGACAGCUUGAAGGAAUGAGAGAUCUGGGAGCCAGGUCAAGUGUUGUGUCUUGGCUCUGGUGCAGCUCAAUCAAUAUUCGAGGGGAUGCUGCCACAUCGGGCGAAGUGUUGGAACAAAAUGCUGAGAUUAACUUUGUGCUCGAGGUCUCAACGUCUCAUUGUACCAGGAAGUUUUGGUACAUUGAUGCGAUA